GGAGACUAGAUAGUAUAUCUAUAUAUAAUGCUGUAGACAGUAAACAGAUAACUUCAGUGGGGAAACAUGAUUGUAAAUAAUUUGACUUACUUAAUCUUGAAUGCAUUUUUUGUAAUUAAUGGUGUAGCAUCACAUUCUGAUCCCAUUGUAACUGUUUCUCAGGGAUCAUUACGAGGAUCAAUUAAAAUUGAUUUUGAUGGAAAUAAAUUUUAUAGUUUUUUGGGUAUACCUUAUGCAAAACCACCCACUGGAUCUAGAAGAUUUGAGUUAAGUGAACCUGCAUCUGGUUGGUCAGGCAUUCGCAAUGCCACAGAACAGGGCAGUGCUUGUCUUCAAUAUAAUGCAAUCAACAAUGUAACAGCUGGCGUAGAAGAUUGCCUAUUUCUGAAUGUAUAUACAAGAAAUUUACCAAAAUCAGGAACCAAGCUGAAGCCUGUCAUGUUUUGGAUCCAUGGAGGCUCUUCCAUUUCCGGUGAUGGUGGGACAUUCUAUGGUCCUGAUUUUCUCCUCACUCAAGACAUAGUCUUAGUAGCCAUAAACUAUCGUUUGGGAUUUCUAGGAUUUAUUCAAGCAAAGGGUAUACCGGGUAAUUUGGGGUUUAAGGAUCAAGUUCUCGCUUUAAAAUGGGUCAGAGACAAUAUUAAGAAAUUUAAUGGAGAUCCAAGGCAGGUGACAAUAUUUGGGGAGAGUGCAGGAGCCGUAGCAGUCCACUAUCAUAUUUUGUCUCCUUUGUCGAGAGGAUUAUUUCACAGAGCAAUCUUACAAAGUGGAGCUGCGUUAUGUCCUUAUGGUGAUUACAGUUAUCACGAUGUGGUAAAAAUAGCAAAUUCUGUGGACCCAAGCAUCGCCACUGAAGAGCAAGCUACUGAAUUCUUCAGGAACCUUCCUUCUGCCGAUUUGCUCAAUCUUCAGAAUACUGUGACCAGUGUUCGAAGUCCUGGCGGACCAUAUGUUUUUCCUUUAAAGAUUGAGAAACCUUCACCUGAUGCCUUUAUUUCUAGGAAUAUAAUUGAUAUAAUUAUGUCAGGGGAAUAUAGUAAAGUACCAAUGCUAUUAGGAUUUAAUGACAGAGAAGGUAUUCUGGAUGAAGUGUUUCGGGAAAGAAACAACGAGAAUGUGACAGCUAUAAAUUUCAUACCACACAACGUAGACUUUUUUGGCAAUGAAACUCUGAAACAAAUUUAUAUUGAGAAAUUCAGAAAUUUCUAUCUCAACCCGCCUGACAGAGAUAACUAUAUACGGGCAUACUCAGACUCCAUGUUUAUAGCAGGUAUAUUUGGAUCAGUCAAAAAUCACAUACAGACAUCUAACAAGCCAGUUUUUCUAUACAAAUUCGCUGGUGAUACGGGACUGAACUAUAUAAAAGUUGCUAUAAAUGCCACUAAUAUUCCAGGUGCAGCUCAUGGUGAUGAGCUAGGAUACAUCUUCAAAACGACCUACAACCCUGAUUUUCAACCUGGAAGUGUUGAAGAUAAGAGUUGGAGAAGAAUGGCAAAGUUAUGGGCGAAUUUUGCCAAAUACGGCAAUCCCACACCAAUUAUAAAUGAUUUGGGUGUAACAUGGACACCUGUCGUACUCAGUCAGUGGAAUUUGUUACAAAUCGAAAAUAACGGACUGUCAAUGAAAUCAAAUACAGAGAAACGAUAUAUUGACUUCUGGACUGAUUUGUAUCAUCAAAGUCGAAAUACUAUAAAUUAUUUGUAAAUGUAUAUUGAUGAUUAGAUAUUAAUAAAAAUUUAGUAGUAAA